UCCCCCCCCACCCCCCCCUCCCGCGCCGCUCUAGAUUUCAGCUGCUGUUUUCCUGGUGGCUGCCUCAAACCAAACCUCUCUGGCUGAGUACGGCAGUGCUUUGGGGACAAAAAUAUUCCUUUUCUCUGGCUCGGCCUUGUACUUAAUCGUUUCUUGGGCAAAUCGGGCGGCAAGUAUUUGUGUCUACAUUGCGCUGCAGUCCCGGAGGCAGGGGGAGGCUGAGCCCGGCGCUGAGUUCGGGCUGACUGGGGCCUGGGCCCUGCGAGUUUGUACCACUGCGCGGAUGUUGCGAUGGCUGAUCGGGGGAGGCCGAGAACCUCAGGGACUGGCGGAGAAAUCUCCUUUACAGACAAUAGGUGAAGAACAAACCCAGAACCCCUACACUGAACUGCUUGUACUGAAAGCUCAUCACGAUAUUGUACGAUUUCUGGUGCAGUUAGAUGAAUGCAGAUUUGCGUCUGCUGGUGAUGACGGAAUUAUAGUUGUGUGGAAUGCCCAGACAGGAGAAAAACUUCUGGAACUUAACGGACACACUCAAAAGAUAACAGCUCUUAUUACAUUUCCUUCCUUGGAAGCUUGUGAAGAAAAAAAUCAACUGAUCUUGACAGCUUCUGCUGAUAGAACAGUUAUUUUAUGGGAUUGUGAUACCGGCAGACAGGUUCGGAAAGUAUCCAGCUUCCAGUCUACUGUAAAGUGUUUAAUUGUUCUUCAGAGACUAGAUAUUUGGCUCUCUGGUGGGAAUGACCUAUGUGUGUGGAACCAAAAAUUAGAUCUCCUGUGUAAGACCAGUCAUCUUUCUGAUACAGGGAUCAGUGCUUUGAUUGAAAUACCUAAGAACUGUGUUGUGGCGGCAGUUGGCAAAGAACUGAUAAUUUUCCGGCUGGUAGUACCCACAGAAGAAUCAGUAGAAUGGGAUAUUCUUGAAAUUAAGCGCCUCCUUGAUCACCAGGAUAAUAUUCUCUCAAUGGUUAAUGUCAAUGAUGUGAGUUUUGUAACUGGCUCCCAUGUUGGAGAAAUGAUCAUCUGGGAUAUCCUGGACUGGACUGUGCAGGCCUGUGAAUGCAACUUCUGGGACCCAUCUCCACAACUGGACACCCAGCAAGAAAUAAAACUCUGCCAAAAACCAAACGACAUUUCUAUUCAUCAUUUCACAUGGGAUGAAGAGAAUGUAUUUGCUGCAGUUGGAAGGGGUUUAUAUGUGUAUAACCUUCAAACGAAGCGUGUGAUUGCUUGCCAGAAAAGCGCCCAUGACUCCAACGUCCUGCACACUGCCAAACUUCCGAACAGGCAGUUAGUCUCAUGCUCAGAAGAUGGCAGUGUACGCAUUUGGGAGUUAAGAGAAAAACAGCAGCUUGCCGCUGAACCUGUCCCAACAGGUUUUUUCAACAUGUGGGGAUUUGGGAGAGUGAACAAACAAGCCAGCCAGCCUGUUAAAAAGCAGCAAGAAAAUGCCCCUCCGUGUUCAUUGGAGCUUAUUGGAGAUUUGAUUGGACACUCCUCAUCCGUGGAGAUGUUUCUAUACUUCGAAGAUCAUGGACUAGUGACGUGCUCUGCUGACCAUCUCAUUAUUUUGUGGAAAAAUGGAGAAAGAGAAUCUGGAUUGCGCAGUUUAAAAUUAUUUCAAAAAUUAGAGGAGAAUGGUGACUUAUAUCUUGACAUCUAGUUGAAGGAAUUUGGAAUACGUGUGUGUGAACCUUGAAUGUCAAAUAUAGGGUAAUACU